CAGCAGGUGGCGAUAGAGAUGUGUAAUGUGGGUUUGUUAUUCUUUAGGAAUAAGACGUUCAAAAAUGGCGGCGAUCAUGAAAAGUUGGCCAGGUGGGUUGAGUGAAAGUAGCACAGCACAGAUGAAACAGGCUGAAGCAGACAUGGAGCAUCAGGGUGCUGGGAGCAGUAAAUCUGGAGAAAAUGUCCUCUCCAGCAUCGCUCUCAAUGAUAACAAGGCUGGUAUGGAAGGACUGGACAGAGACAAAAUUAACAAGAUCAUUCUGGAGGCUUCCAAGGGAUCAAGGUUUUAUGAGAACGAAAUUAAGAAAGAUCGACAGGUGAAUCAGCGUAUUGAAAAGAUGAUGGAACAAAAAGCCAAAAUCACUAAAGAGCAGAUGAAGCAAGCGCAAGCUGAGGUAGACAAGCUGACGUCUGAACUGGAGAGGAGGCGAGAACUGGACCGUGUGAUAGUUCAUGUAGACAUGGAUGCAUUCUACGCGGCUGUAGAAAUGAUGGACUGCCCAGAGCUGAAGGACAAACCAAUGGCAGUGGGAUCCAUGAGUAUGCUGUCUACCUCCAACUACCAUGCUCGGAGAUUUGGUGUACGUGCUGCCAUGCCAGGUUUCAUCGCUAAGAAACUCUGCCCAAACCUUGUCAUUGUGCCCACCAACUUCGACAAAUACAGAGCAGUGAGUGCUCAGGUACGGGAGAUAUUUUCAGACUAUGAUCCGCAUUUUAUGCCUGCGAGUCUGGAUGAAGCUUAUUUGGACAUCACUGAGCAUCUGGAGCAGAGGAAGCACUGGUCUGAGUCCAUGAGAACACAUUACAUGUGUGAUGCCAAGAAAGAGAGUCAUCCAGACAUGCCCGCGGUUCAGUCAGAGAAAGAUGAACUCUCCCCUUUGCUGUUUGAGGACAGUCCAAGCUCUUCCCCUUCUCUGUCAUGGGCUGAUGGAAAAGCAGUGGUGUUUGGGACGAGUGCAGAGGAAGCUGUGAGGGAAAUGCGCUUUCACAUUGAGCAGAAAACAUCUCUAACAGCCAGUGCUGGCAUUGCUCCAAACAUGAUGCUCGCGAAAGUGUGCAGUGAUAAGAACAAACCGAAUGGCCAGUACAGAAUUCCUUCUGAGAGAAAGGUUGUGAUGGAUUUUAUGAAGGAUCUUCCUGUUAGAAAGGUAUCUGGUGUUGGUAAGGUAACUGAGAAAAUGCUGACUGCUUUGGGUAUUGUCAGCUGUUCCCAACUUGGCCAGGAGAUAGCGCUACUAUCCUUGCUUUUUUCGGAAACUUCUUGGCAUCAUUUUCUUCACAUAUCUCUGGGUUUAGGCUCUACACAUAUUGAGAGGGACUCUGAAAGAAAAAGUAUGAGCACUGAAAGGACGUUUGCGGAGAUGAGUGAUGCAGAGGAGCAGUAUUCUCUUUGCAAGGAACUCUGUCAUGAUCUAGCCCAGGACUUACAGAAGGAGGGUCAUAAGGGGAAAACUGUUACUUUGAAGUUAAAGAACGUCAAAUUCGAAGUGAAGACCAGAGCAUUUACAUUGCAGUACACUGUCUGGACUGAGGAAGAGAUCUUUGCUGCUGCUAAAGACCUCCUCAAAGUUGAGAUUGACAGUGUCAGCCCACAGCCACUGAGGCUAAGACUCAUGGGUGUUCGUGUGUCCAGUUUUAUUAAUGCUGAAGAGAAAAAGCCUCUUCAGAGGAGUAUAAUGGGAUUCCUGCAGAAAGGUGGACCUGAUCCAAGCAGCUCCAUGCAGUGUCCUGAAUCUGCUCUCAAAGCAGAAGCAAGCAGUGAUGCCAGAUCUAGUGGAAGUCAUCUAAAGACCACUGAGAUAAGCGUACUUUCUGUCCCUGAGCAAACACUUAAAUCCAGAGGACAUCAACAGCAAUCGUUUUUUCAAAAAGCGCAAUCAAAAAGAAUUCAGCAGCAGGCUCAAACGUGUGUAAAUGAGGUCACGUCUGGUCCAGCCACGACAAACAAAACUGCUGAAACAGCUGCUGCUACGCAGACGGAUCUAUCAAUAACAAACACACAAUCAAACACAACAUCAGCUGCUUUAUCAAAUAUAAAGACAUCAUUUGAUAACACCUCAACACAGUGUUUCACCUGCCCUGUGUGCAACAGGGAGAUGAAAGCUGCUAACCUCGUAGCCUUCAACCAGCACAUUGAUGAGUGCCUCAAGGGCAGUGCUAUAAAGGAUAAUAAAAUCACAAACAUGGAUGCAGAUGAAUGCAGUCAAGAGAAACGCAAAGAGCUCUAUAGCAAACUCCCUCUGUAAAGCAAGGAACCAUUCUGUAAUGGAGAAAAGCCAUCCAUUAGUAUAUCUGUGCCAGCGGUGGACAGUGACGAAAGCUGUAAUUUCAGCACAUCGUUUUUUAACCGAAGGACAAAUGUAAAUAAACAGCCUUUUUUUUCUCACAAGGAAACUCGUUCUUGUGAAUCUAGUUCUGAAGCUUCCCACGUAACACAUAUUCCUGAGGCCGUCACCAUGUUGUCAGAUGACACGAAGGGCCCGUCUUUGACGUGUCCUGUGUGCAGUCAGCUGCAGAGCACUGAUGACCUCACUCUCUUCAACCGACAUGUGGAUAUGUGCCUUAACCAGGAAGUGUUGCUGGAAUUUAGAGGAUGUCAUUCACAUUUGGAUCACUCUGAUGCACCAGCACACAAGACAGACCAACCACAAGACCAAGGAGGAUUUUCUAAAGCGAGAGAACAAAGCAAAAGGCAAGGAUCACAUGCUCUUCCUCCGGCUAAGAAGACUAAAGUGUUAAACACAAAACACACCAUUGACAAGUUUUUCAAAAGCAACAACUGACAGACUGUUUAAUCCCUAAACUGAGCCGAACAGUGUAUUUUAUUAAAGACAACACGCGUGAAUUUAGAACGAAGAGACAUGAUAAGCCCCGAUGCUUUUCCUGCUCUACCUCAGGCACAAUGUUGACAGCAAGUCAUUGUAGAUAACCUGUAUUUCAUAAGAUGACACCUCUUAAGAAUGUCUUGUAGGGUUGUUUUUGAGUAUACUUUUUGCAUGUAUUUAAAUAAUAUAUUCUCUUAAUAAUUAUGUAGGUAAGAACAUGCAUGUUAAUUGUGAAUAAUGAAUAAUUGUGAAUCAUUUAUAUUAGUAAAAACUGAUACGUGUAUGCAGUUUUUAAAAAUAAUUUUAUUCUAUCCAUAAAUACAAAUGACAAUUUUGAUAUAUUCAUACUGUAUUAUGAACAUGCAAGGCACUUUAUCGACUAAAUUAAGUUUUAUACAUCAUAAUUGUACAUUUUUUUUCUCUUA